AUGAGUGAUUUAAUCUCUAAAGCUAUAUCAAAUUUCUAAGACAAAAUAACUGAAUAUUACCUUCCCAUAAUAAAUCCUAAUUCUUUUGAAUCUAGAGAACCCAAUAAGAAAGUUUAAUUGAAUAAAACAAGCAAAUCUAAAUCGUAACAUAUAAUGUAAAAAAUAAUUGCAACAUCAUCAAACCAUUCCCCUCCAAAUACAGGGACUACUUAAUAGUAUUCUUUUGGAUAGAGUAAUCAACCUAAAGAUAAUGAUUCUAUCUAACCAUCUAGUUUAAUGAAUAAAACCAUUGAUUAAAAAGAAUCUUAGAAUGAUAUGAUUAACAUAAAUUAGUUAAUUCAAUAAAAAAAAAAAGAACUAAAUGCUGAAAAGAAUUAUUUUCUUAAAGAAAUAACUAGAAUUAGAUGUAAUUAACUCUUUCAUUAUUAGAAAAUUUCGAAAUGAAAGCAAAAAUUAGGAAUAAAUUUCAAAAAGAAAGAAAAUCUACCACUUCUUCAUAAGAUAAAUAUGAAAAAUGUUGGGAUGAGACCUUAAAAGAAAUAAAUAAAGAUUCUAAAGAAUUUUAUUAAUUAAUUGAAUAAUCAAACUAAGAUAAGCAAUAAUAAUUUAAAAGAAUUUAAAAAUCAAAACCUCUAAGAAGUCAAGUAAUCUUAUCUUUUUAUUAUUUUAGAUAUUUUCUAAAAUUAGAGAAUAAGAGAAUCAAUAUUUCAAAUAACGUUCUGGAUCUAUCAUAAAAUUAAUGAAAUAAAGAUAAAUACAAGUAGUAGAUGAAGUUUCUGCAUAAAUUGAAUAAGUUUAAUUAUUAAAAAAAGAAUAAUAAUAUUAAAGAUCCAAAGAAAGAGAAGAAGGUAAACAAGAAAUCAUUAAAUCUUUAAAGUUUAAAGAAUAAGGAAAAUUACUUAAAUUAUUAUAGAAUAAGUCAUCAAAUCGUCAUCUUUAACUUUCUAGAAAAAGCAUUGAAAAAUCAGAUGAUGUUACUAAUUCAUUUUCAAAAAGAAAUAAAAUAAGAUCAAUAAGUUUUAAUUGUGCAUUACCUACUAUUGAUUUAAAAUAAGAUGAAGGAUUAAUUUAAAUGAUAGUUUAGUAAUAAAAUUAAAUCAACCAAAAAUUUAUAGAUAAACCUCAGUUUAAUAGGAAAAAUUUGAUUGGUAAUCAAAUUAAUGGUAACCCCUAUUCGGACUUAUCAAAACUAAUUAGAUAUUCAUGA